AGAAAAGAUUCUUACUCCGUACGAAGUAAUUACAGGCAAAAAGAAAGAAAAAAUCAGAAGGGGGGGAAACAUGUUUCCCUGGCGGUUGAGUUUCGCCCCACCACUCCAGUGCCUGAGAAACUAACGACGUCGCGGAUGGCACAGGUCCUACUAAUAAUUGCUACCCCUCCCCCUCCCACCCCGCCGGAAUCGCAAUGCCCCUCCUGCUAAAAAACCCUUUAACCCAUCUUACCCAUUCAUCUCGUCAUAAUUAAUCCAACCCAGUCCAUCCUCCCCUCCUCUCAUCUCUCACCCCAAGAAAUUUUCCCUUUUUUCCUGCGAGGAACUGAAUCUUUCUUUUCCCCUCCCUUCGCCCAAACUCAACAUACCCCCCUUCUAUAGACUGUGAUACCUCUGGUAGAUAAUCGCAAUCAUGGGCUACACCGAGAAGGACUGGCUAGCAAUCAACACUAUCCGUGUUCUGGCCGCGGAUGCCACCUUCCACAGCAACUCGGGCCACCCUGGCGCGCCCAUGGGUAUGGCGCCGGUCGCUCACGUCCUCUUCAACAAAUUCAUGAAGUUCAACCCCAAGAACCCCAAGUGGCUCAACCGGGAUCGCUUCGUUCUCUCGAACGGCCACGGCUGCAUGCUUCAGUAUGCUCUCCUCCACCUCUUCGGCUACGAGCUCUCCAUAGAUGACCUGAAGGCGUUCCGGACAGUCGACAGCAUCACUCCCGGCCACCCCGAGGCCCACGACACCCCCGGUAUCGAGGUCACCACCGGUCCUCUCGGCCAGGGUAUCUCCAACGCUGUCGGUCUUGCCAUUGCCCAGGCCCACACUGCUGCCACCUUCAACAAGGAUGCUUUCCCCCUCGUUGACAACUACACUUACUGCUUCCUCGGCGACGGCUGCUUGAUGGAGGGUGUCGCCAGCGAGGCCUGCUCCCUGGCCGGCCAUCUGCAGCUCGGCAACCUCAUUGCUGUGUGGGAUGACAACCACAUCUCCAUCGAUGGAGACACCAAUGUCGCUUUCACCGAGGAUGUGAGGAAGAGGUACGAGGCGUACGGCUGGCACGUUGUCACCGUCGACGAUGGUGACCACGACCUCGACGGCAUCGAGGCCGCUAUCCAGGCCUGCAAGGAGGCCACGGAUAAGCCCUCGAUCAUCGCCCUCCGCACCACUAUUGGCUUCGGCUCCAAGCAGCAGGGCACCCACGGCGUCCACGGCUCGCCUCUCAAGGCCGACGACAUCAAGCAGCUCAAGGAGAAGUUUGGCUUCAACCCCGAGGAGUCCUUCGCCGUUCCCCAGGACGUCUACGACGCCUAUCACAAGCAUGCCGCCGAGGGUGCCGCCGCCGAGGAGGAGUGGAACAAGCUGUUCGCCAAGUACGCCGAGGCCUACCCCCAGGAGGCCGCCGACCUCUCUCGCCGCCUCAAGGGCGACCUGCCCGAGGGCUGGGAGAAGAACCUGCCGGUGUACACCCCCUCCGACGCCGCUGUUGCCUCGCGCAAGCUGUCCGAGACGGUGCUCUCCAAGAUCGAGGCCGCCCUUCCCGAGCUCCUCGGUGGCUCUGCCGAUCUGACUGGCUCCAACCUGACCCGGUGGAAGUCGGCCGUCGACUUCCAGCCCCCCUCUACCGGCCUGGGCGACUAUGCCGGCCGCUACGUCCGGUAUGGUGUCCGCGAACAUGGCAUGGGUGCCAUCAUGAACGGCCUCGCCGCGUACGGCACCAUUCUGCCCUACUCGGGCACCUUCUUGAACUUCGUCUCCUACGCUGCCGGCGCUGUGCGCCUGUCCGCCCUGUCUCAGGUCCGUGUCAUCUGGGUCGCCACCCACGACUCCAUCGGCCUCGGUGAGGACGGCCCCACCCAUCAGCCCAUCGAGACCCUGGCGCACUUCCGUGCUCUCCCCAACUGCAUGGUGUGGCGCCCCGCCGACGGCAACGAGACCAGCGCCUCGUACUACGUCGCCCUCACCUCCAAGCACACCCCCAGCAUCAUUGCCCUGUCGCGCCAGAACCUGCCCCAGCUCGAGGGCUCCAUCAUCGAGAAGGGCAUCAAGGGCGGCUACGUCCUGCACGAGGUCGAGAACGCCGACAUCACCCUCGUCUCGACCGGCUCCGAGGUCUGCAUCUGCAUCGACGCCGUCAAGUACCUCGCCGAGAACCACAACAUCAAGGCCCGUGUCGUCUCCAUGCCCUGCUUCGAGGUCUUCGAUGCCCAGCCUCAGGAGUACCGCCUCAGCGUGCUUCCCGACGGCAUUCCUUCUCUGUCCGUCGAGGUCAUGAGCACCAUGGGCUGGGAACGCUACACUCACGAGCAGUUUGGUCUCAACCGGUUCGGUGCUUCCGGUGCCUACAAGGAUGUCUACAAGAAGUUCGAGUUCACCCCCGAGGGCAUCGCCAAGCGUGCCGUCGCCACCGUCGACUUCUGGAAGGACGUCCCCAACAUCCGCUCCCCUCUCAACCGCGCGUUCAAGCAGCUUAUCUAGACGAUCUAGACAUGACCAUAUUAGGAAUUUAGGGGCUACGCAUGGCCUGGAGAUUGGAAGAGAGGAUGAGAAGGAGGUGGUGAUGUCGGAAUUCAAGCAUGCCGAAAUCAAAUACCUGUUAGACGGAACAAGCUGUAGAUCGUGGCAGAUGAAUAAGAGCAAAAGAAAUCGUGAACUCCUUUUUUCUUUUGGG